GGAAAUGGAGUAGUGUGCAUUGUGUCCACUAGAGGUCGCCGAUCCUCUAUAUCUUUCUCAUGUGGAUGAUCGAUCACUUUCUUAAGUGUUCUAAACACUAGAAGGCGCUGUGUUUCUGAAAAUGCAACAGUGCUGCCGGGAGAGCUCAUGUCAACUUCAACAUUAACAGAAACAACCUUAAUCCUCACCACACACACACACAUACUUCCUACACAGGCAAACUGAGGGACACGGAGGACAGGAGAGGAUCCCACAGAGACGGAACCCCACUGCCCCCUCACUUACUGCCGUCGCCAUGGAAAUGCUUCAGCUUGCUGUCGUGUGUGUCCUGCUCAGUGCAGGACUGACCUUCGCUGCUGUUGAGGAGGAGGAUCCAGAGUUCUGGCGUUCUCUCGCCCAUGAUGACCUGGAGGCAGCUCUCAACAGGAAGCUGAACACCAACGUGGCCAGAAACGUCAUGCUGUUCCUGGGAGACGGUAUGGGUAUCACCACCAUCACCGCUGCCCGCAUCCUUAAGGGUCAGCUGCAGAACCGCACCGGAGAGGAGACCGUCAUGACCAUGGACACGUUCCCUUAUGUGGGGUUGGCCAAGGUCUACACUGUAGAUUUCCAGAUCCCUGACAGUGCUGCCACGGCCACAGCGUAUCUGUGUGGAGUGAAGACCAACCUGAACGUGGUGGGGGUCAACGCUGCUGGACGCAACGGAGUGUGUCGCACGCAAAAGGGCAACGAGGUCACCUCCAUCCUCAAAUGGGCCAAGGACGCAGGGAAGUCUGUGGGCAUCGUGACCACGACGCGUGUCCAGCAUGCCACCCCUGCAGCCAGUUAUGCCCACAGCGCCAGCCGCACCUGGUACAGCGACUCAGAUCUGCCCCCUGGAGCCCAACAGGGGGGCUGCACCGACAUCGCCAGCCAGCUGCUCAACAACACCGACAUCGACGUGAUCAUUGGAGGGGGCAGGAAGUACAUGAGCCCAAAGGGCACUCCAGACCCCGAGUACCCCACUGACCCCACCUCCAGGGGCCAGCGCUCCGACAACAGGACUCUCAUCAGCGAGUGGCUCAGCAUGAAGGAAGGGAAGGUGGCUCACUACGUGUGGAACCGCACAGACUUUGAUGCUGUUGACCCAGAGACCACCGACUAUCUCAUGGCGCUGUUUGAGCCGGGGGACCUGCGCUUUGAGCAGGAGAGAGACCCUGCGCUUGACCCCUCUCUGGUGGAGAGCACAGAGAAAGCAAUCCGCAUCCUCCGCAAGAACCCCAAAGGAUUCUUCCUACUGGUGGAGGGUGGGCGCAUUGAUCAGGGGCACCAUGCCAGUCGUGCCUCCAUGGCUCUGCAUGAAGCCGUGGCGCUGGACGAGGCGGUGACCAAAGGCCUGGAGCUGACCAAUGAGGAGGAUACGCUGACCCUGGUCACUGCUGACCACUCCCACGGCCUCAGCUUCAACGGGUACCCCUUCAGAGGAAACAGCAUUCUGGGUAAAUCCCCCCUCUAUGGAAGUGACUUCUUGCCCUAUACCACUCUGAUGUACGGAAAUGGCCCUGGACACAAAAUCGUCAAAAACAAGCGCCCAGACAUCCGCAAAGUCAACACCAAGCUUGGGCACUAUGUCCAGCAGGCGGCGGUCCCACUGGACUCAGAGACUCAUGGUGGGGAGGACGUGGCGGUGUUCGCCCGCGGCCCCAUGGCUCACCUGCUGCAGGGCGUCCACGAGCAGAGCUACCUGCCCCACGCCAUGGCCUACGCCGCCUGCAUCGGCCGCGACGCACGCCACUGCACACACACCUUCAGCCGAGCAUGCACACACACCUUCAGCCGAGCAUGCACACACACACACACACCAACAACUCUCACCACACUACUCUUCCUCAUCACUGCAGCACUGCUCACCUACACUCUACACUAGAGGAGCACACACACACACACACACACACACACACACACACACACACACAAACAAUGGGGAGAAUAGGUGAG